AACAAAGAUCAAUCAACAAUGUCAUCAGGAGGGAAUACAACUACAGUGUAUGGAGGUGAUGAAAUCAGUGCAAUUAUCUUGGAUCCAGGCUCAUACAAUACUAGAAUUGGGUAUGCUGGUGACGAUUUUCCUAAAGUAACAACAUCGUCAUUUUAUGGACAAGUUGGAAACGGGAAGAGGAUAUUUGGUGAAGAUAUAAAUGUUCCUAGAGAAAAUUGUGAAAUCAAACCAAUAUUAAAAGAUUCAAUAAUUACUGAUUGGGAUGCCGCAAUUGAUCAAUAUAAAUAUUAUUUUGAAGAUACAUUAAAAGUGGAUUACAAAGAUCAACCAGUUUUGAUAACCGAACCAAUUUGGACUGAAUUACCAUAUAGACAAAAGUUGAUUGAAACUUUUUAUGAAACUUUUGAUUUUGCAGGAUUAUAUCUAGCUAAAGCUCCAACUUGUAUAUCAUUUCAACAAGGUAGACCCAAUUGUUUAGUGGUUGACUUAGGUCAUGACACAGUUAGCGUUACACCAGUUAUUGAUGGUAUUUGUUUAAUUAAGAAUUCAAUGAGAACCAAUUAUGGUGGAAGGUUCUUGAAUGAUGAAAUCAAAGAUUUUGUAAAGUCAAGAGAUCCAAAGAUAGCAGUAGAACCAACGUACAAGAUCAAGACCAAAACUCCUACGGUUUACCCAGAUCCAGCGGAAUAUACAGUCAAGAAAACAAUUCCAACUACUACUGAAUCAUUUAACAAAUUCCAACAGCAAAGAAUAUGGCAUGAGUUUAAAGAAACGGCAUUGGAAGUACCUGAACGUAAAUUAAACUCAACCAACCCACAACAAGCGUUAUCAAUCAAGGAAUUUUAUUCCCAAGAUUCUCAAAAGAGAUUAUUUGAAUUCCCUACUGGACAAUCAAUAACUCUUGGACUUGAAAGAUUUCAAUUUGCUGAAUCUAUUUUUGAUCCAAAGAUUUAUAAAUUUUCUGAUGAAAACAUUGCCAAGGCAUAUCCUCCUAACAACGGUGAAAUUAAAAUAUCGUCCCAUUAUAAUGAAUAUCGUCCAUUGAAAAGAAUUCGUAAACCGGAGUCUAACCAAUCUACCCCAGCCCCGGGUGAGGGUGACGACAGUUCAGAAAAGAUUCGUGGGUUAUCACAUUUAAUCACACAUACAUUAUCUACAAUUGAUAUUGAUUUACGAGCUUCUGUUGCUCAUAACAUCAUUGUUACUGGUGGUGUCUCACUUAUACCACAAUUAAUUGAACGUCUUUACAACGAAUUAUCAAAUAGCAAUCCAGGAUUGAAAAUCAGAUUACAUGCUGUGGGUAAUUCCAGUGAACGUGUAAAUCAAGCAUGGAUUGGAGGUAGUGUCUUGGCAUCUUUAGGUACAUUCCAUCAAAUGUGGGUCACUAAACAUGAAUACAACGAAGCUGGGGCUGAUAGAAUCUUGAAUCAAAGAUUUAGAUAGAAUAGAACUGCAACUUCGAAAAAGUUUAUUUAGCUAAAUAUAUGUAACAUUUAUAAUUUCAAACAAUAGAAGCUAAA